ACCUCCACACACCACAUCUAAAACAAUUCCCAAUCAUUAUUCAUCAUCGAUCAACCCCCAUUUGCAAACCAAAAAUGGCAUCAACUUGUUCACUACUCUCUUCUUCCUCCUCCGUUUUCAACCCGUUGUCGAGUUCUUCAUCACCGAAAGCGGGAGUUGUAAUUCGAUAUCGACCUAGGUCUAGAAUUGUUGCAUCGAGUAGAAAAGAAGCGCACGAUCACCACCAGAACUACAGCAGCAGGCUCGUGGAUGAGAACAUGAUCGUUCUGAGGAAGAAAAUCCACGAGAUGAAGAUGGUGGAGAGGAACUACGAGCCUCCGGCGGAGUGGAUGGACUGGGAGAAGAGGUACUACACCAGCUACGACUCGAUCAUAUGCCAAGCCAUGGGUCUGUUGCAGUGGCAGCUGAUGAACACCAGGCCGAGCUUGGCUCUCGCAUUCAUGGCUUUGAUCGUUUUCAGCGUCCCGGCGUCGACGUUCAUGCUGUUGUCUCAUUUGCUGGAGAUCGCAAAAGGAGCCUUGACUGGUGGUUUUGGUGUAUGAGGAAACAUUUGAAGUAUUAGAGUUGAUUGUAUAUACAAUCGAUCUUUUUUUGCUAGCUUAGAAAGUUUGGGGAAGUUUGCGUCUGUUUCAGGAUCGGAAGAUUGAUGUUACGUAUAUCCUUUUGAAGGAAGUUAAGAAACAAAAUUAACCUACAUUAUGAUUGAUGUUACUUAGUUGUGUACUUUUCUUUUAACAAGAUCGAUGGAAAUGAAUGAAACUUGGCAGGAGAACUCUUUUA